UCUGUGACCAAAGUGGAAUGGUAUAAUGUGGCCAUUUUGAUUCUGAACAUUGUUUUUUUUUUUCACCAGGCCCAGCAGACAGCCAGCAAGCGUCCGAGCAACAGCACUCCACCUCCCACUCAGCUCAACAAAAUUAAGUACUCAGGUGGGCCUCAGAUUGUAAAGAAGGAGCGUCGACAGAGUUCGUCACGAUUCAACCUCAGCAAGAACCGGGAACUGCAGAAGCUUCCAGCCCUCAAAGAUGCCCCACCCAUGGAUCGAGAAGAACUGUUUGUCCAGAAACUGCGGCAGUGCUGCGUGCUUUUCGACUUUGUGACUGAUCCACUAAGUGAUCUCAAGUACAAAGAGGUGAAGCGAGCCGGCCUCAAUGAAAUGGUGGAGUACAUCACACACAACCGCGACGUGGUCACAGAGUCCAUCUACCCUGAAGCUGUCAUCAUGUUUUCUGUAAACUUGUUCAGGACUCUGCCGCCCUCUUCCAACCCCACGGGAGCAGAGUUUGACCCCGAAGAGGACGAACCCACUCUAGAGGCAGCUUGGCCUCACCUGCAGCUGGUGUAUGAAUUCUUUUUAAGAUUCCUGGAGUCACCUGACUUUCAGCCCAACAUUGCCAAAAAAUACAUCGACCAAAAGUUUGUAAUGUCGCUUCUGGAGCUUUUCGACAGUGAAGACCCCCGAGAGCGGGACUUCCUAAAAACCAUCCUGCACAGGAUCUAUGGAAAGUUCCUGGGACUGAGAGCCUACAUCCGUCGGCAGAUCAACAAUAUUUUUUAUAGGUUUAUAUACGAGACGGAGCAUCACAAUGGGAUUGCGGAGCUCUUAGAAAUCUUAGGAAGCAUAAUUAAUGGAUUUGCCCUGCCACUGAAAGAGGAGCACAAAAUGUUUCUCAUCAGAGUGCUACUGCCUUUACACAAAGUCAAGUCUCUCAGCGUCCAUCACCCACAGCUGGCCUACUGUGUGGUGCAGUUUUUGGAAAAGGACAGCAGCCUCACUGAACCCGUGAUUAUGGGCCUGCUAAAGUUCUGGCCCAAGACUCACAGUCCCAAGGAGGUGAUGUUUCUGAAUGAGCUGGAGGAAAUCUUGGAUGUCAUUGAGCCCUCAGAAUUUGUUAAAGUCAUGGAGCCCCUCUUUAGACAGCUGGCCAAGUGUGUAUCAAGUCCACACUUCCAGGUUGCUGAAAGAGCAUUGUAUUACUGGAACAAUGAGUACAUCAUGAGCCUGAUCAGUGACAAUGCCGCCAAGAUCCUCCCCAUCAUGUUUCCCGCUCUCUACAAGAACUCCAAGAGCCACUGGAACAAGACAAUCCAUGGGCUUAUCUACAACGCUCUCAAGCUCUUUAUGGAGAUGAACCAGAAGCUGUUUGAUGACUGCACUCAGCAGUACAAGGCUGAGAAGCAGAAAGAGAAGUACAAACUUAAGGAGCGAGAAGAAAUGUGGCAUAAAAUAGAGGAGCUAGCAAAACAAAAUCCCCAGAGUACAAAGAUUCAGCUGCGGCCCGGUCUGCCUCAAGAGGAGUAUAUGAUGUAUAAUGAAGGAGGGAUGCCCCUGUACUCAAUGGAGACAGAGACCCCUACAGCUGAGGACAUCCAGCUGCUGAAGAAGACUGUGGAAUCAGAAGCCUCACAGGGGUUGAAAGAAAUCAAGAAAGAAAAGGUUUUGAUGAGGCGAAAGUCUGAGCUGCCGCAGGACGUGUAUACUAUAAAAGCCCUGGAAGCUCACAAGCGACCGGAGGAGUACCUGACGGCCAACCAGGAAGCCCUCUGACCGGGGAGCACCGCCACCCUCCACCGCGCCUAAACUGUCCCUCUCGUCUUGGUCCAAAAUUGUCGCCUGCUGUAACCCACCUCUCUAUUCCUCUGCCUCUAUCCAUACUCUCUUCCUCCCUCGCUGUUGGAGAGCCCCGUCUGUGAAAAAUCCAGCCCACAGAGCAGUGGAGAGCUCCCAUAAACUCUGUCCCGCCCUCUAUGUGCGCACAAACACUUUCCAAAGUCUUCACAAAUCCAUAGCUGCUGAUCCUCACGCCAAACAGAAGCCAGCACUGGGUUGUUAGAAAGCAGUGUGGGUUACAAAUGAUGAAAGUAUGCUCGUGUUGUGGUUUGCUUUUCUCUCCACACUCCGCUUUAUUUUGUCCACUUUGUGCUGUCUCCAUUUGUCCGCAUGUUCCCUAUCCUGGUUUUACCACUGCUUGAGAGCUUCUCCUGUAUUCCAAUCACUGCCUCUGUAAAUCUGUUCUCUGUGUUGGCAAUGAAGGGGCCAAACUUAACUAAAUGAAUCAUGUCACUCAAGAUAAAUGAAGACCGCAGUGGAGAUGGUGACCCUGUGUUGGAUUUUCCUGUGUGUGUGCUCAGCAUAGGGACUGUAGCCAAGCGGGAGCGAGCAGGGUUGUUCUUGUUGUCAUACAAUACACUAUAUGGAGAAAGCAGCUUUAUAAAUUAGACAUGCAAAUUGGAGAUUUCAACCCACAAGGAAUUGCAAAUCUUAUUUCAGAUGCUUCCCUAGACGUACACCUGAGAGGGUAUUUAAAAAAAAAAUUCUCCAUAGUGGCCUGGUGCUAUAAAUGCUUCAGGUAGUCAUCUGGAGAAGUCAUUUUUGAGGUCAUGGCCACAUAUUAAGAGGCAGAGGCUGAAGAGUUCGACCUAAUCCGUUUGCUGUUUUCCCAGUGAUUGUGAUAAUGAUCGUCAAAUGUAAGGGAGAUUUGUGGAAGCAAUCAUCUCUAAACACCACCAGCAGAGCGCUUGAUGACAAUGCUGUAAAAGUAGUAUACAGUCUGUGCUCUAAACGCAUGCACCAAUGGCCUAUUGGUCCACACUGCACUUAUGUUUGUAUGCAUCCAUGUUUUAUUUUCGUUUUAAGACUGAUACCUCUUGACCCGAUACCAAUCAAAUCGAAACGUCCUUUUUUCACCGCCUAGUUUUUUUUUUUUGGUGUCUUGUUUUUGCUCCAUAGGUUUCAGUGAUGUAUAAAAACUAGAAAAGAACAAAAAACUCCCUUUGAGCCUUUGAAAAGGAAACAAGAUCAGGAAUUACCAUCCUGUCCAAGAUUGUACGUUUUUUGUUGUUGCCGUUUUUUUUUCACUUUAAAGCAAUAUUUUUUUCAGGAAUUAGAACAGUAUAGAAAACAUGGACUGGUCUAGUGUAUGAUCAAGCGCUAUACAAUCCUCCUAAUAGGACUAUAUACUUA